AUGGGGUCGAGGUAUGGGAUCGCGCCGCAGCAGCCUCCCGGAGGUCCGACGACGACGACGAGGAAGCAGCAGCGGCAAGUGACGCUGAAACUGACGUACCUGGAGAUCAACAGCUGGGUGUGGGAGGUGCAGCAGCAACAGCAAGCCGCCCCUCUGCGCAUCCUGGUGGACCCCCUGGUCGUCGGCAACCUCGACUUCGGCAUGCCGUGGCUCUACGACGGCGCCAAGAAGAACCCGAAGGUGAAGGCCGUCGCCGUGGACGACCUCCUGGCGCCGGAGGCGAGGCCGGACCUGCUGCUCAUUACGAACCGCCUGGACGACCACUGCCACGCCCGGACGCUGGCGCAGCUGUCGGCCAGGGCACCAGACCUGCCGGUGGUGACCACGCCCAACGCGCGGGCAGUGCUCGACUCCCUGCCCACGCCCUUCCGCCGCGUCACCUACCUGGAGCCCGGCGAGUCCACCGCCGUCAGCCCGGACGUCCGGGUGCUGGCCACCGCUGGCACCUUGCUGGGCCCGCCGUGGGAGCGCCCCGAGAACGGCUACGUCCUCCUCCUCAUGUCCGCCGACGCCGACGACAGGAACGAGAACGACGGCCUCCUGUACUACGAGCCGCACUGCCUGCACGACAGGUCGUUCCUGGAGAGGAAGCGGGUGCGGGCGGACGUGGUGAUCACGCCGGUGGUGAAGCAGCUCCUCCCUCUCCCCCUCCCCGGCAACGGCAACUACUACACGCUCGUCGCCGGGCAGGAGGACGCCGUCGACCUGGCCGGGAUGCUGCGAGCGAGGUACGUGGUCCCGAUGAGCAACGCCGACCUGGACGCCAGCGGGCUCCUGACCGCCGUGCUCAUCCAACAGGGGACGACGCAGUCCUUCCAGGCGUUGCUGUCGGAGGCGCUUCCCCAGGUGCAGGUCCUGGACCCCACGCCCGGAGUGCCGCUCCACCUGGACCUGGACCUCAGCUGACACUGACAGUCUGACACAGACACACAGUACGUGACACAUCAGAACAGACGCCACAAAAAGCGAUCGAGCUUGUGCAUAUAUGUAAUGUAGCGAUAGCGACUAGCGAGAGCCGAUCGACAUGUGUAACAAGCAAGACCACAACGAUAUCUUUUUUUUAGAGUCAGAUGGAA